AUGGCCAUGGGAGGCAUGGGAGCUACCAUGGGAGGCUUGGGAACAUCUACGGUAGGCAUGGGUGGCUUCAGAGCUACCAUGGGCGGCAUGGGAGGCAUGGGUGGCUUCGAAGCUAUCAUGGGAGCCAUGGGAGGCAUGAGUUUUGGGUCUCUCAUGGGAGGCAUGAGAGCACCUCUGGGUAACAUGGGUGGCUUCGGAGCUACCAUGGGAGGCAUGAGAAGCAUGAUUUUUGUGUCUCUUAUGGGAGGCAUGGGAGCACCUGUGGGUGACAUGGGUGGCUUCGGAGCUACCAUGGGAGGCAUGAGAAGCAUGAGUUUUGUGUCUCUUAUGGGAGGCAUGGGAGCACCUCUGGGUGACAUAGGUGGACGCAUGGCUUUCGGUGUACCUCACAUACCUUCGUAUGAUGCCAUUGGAGAUCUUGCGAACACCAUCCAAGCUCCCGAUGACGAUGUGGCGCUUGAAAAUGAAGAGGAGGAGGAAGAAUCGUCAUCGGAUGAGGAGGAAGAAGAGGAGGAUGAUGUGACAUGA